UUUGACCUCGACGUCGCUCACAACCUGCUCGCUAUCAUCGUCGUUGACAAAAGCGUCCAAAACUCCGGCUAUAAAAUCUGGACUAGGGCGUCAACGACCCCCUUCUCCGUACCUGUGCUAGCAGCGGCUAGACCCGCGAAGCCCACUCUUGGCCGUGACUGACGUCGACAAAAGACCCUCGUCUACACCUUGUUGGUACCCUUCAUCCCUCCUUGCGUAUUCUGGGCUACCCCCUACACUCAAGUCUGGCCGGAUGAGUGAGGGCGUAUGUGUGGAAUGCGGCGAAUCAACCGUCUAUGAAGAGGAGCUGGGCUCUGCCGUCUGCGCGAACUGCGGUACACUCACAAAUCCCUCGCAGAAUGUCCUUGCAUCUCAUUUGGAGCACGUGGACACGUCUGGAUAUGAACGUACUUCAUUUGUUAAUACUGUCCAGGGCUCCACUCUGAAGGGUCGACACGGCUGGGCUCUUGCUGGACAAGAAAAGGAUGCUAGGGAUAGACGGAACAUGGUUGCAAUGCACGAAGCCAUAAGGUCUAUAGCCGGUAGCCUCUCAAGCACGAGUUCUGCAACACGCGCGCAGGCUAUAUUCGAUCAAGCAAUGAGAAAGGGUCGUUACAGAUGGGGUCGCAAGGCCAAGUUGAUAGCAGGUGCAUCGCUUGCGAUCGCCCUACGCGAAGCAAAUAAGAGCGACUCUUUACGAGACAUUGCAUAUCUCCUUGAAGAACCGCUGCCGUCGCUUUCGAAAGUGUUUACCGCGACGACUCUGCUGCUGCAACUCAGAUUGAUCUCGGCGGAUCCCGCUCAGCACCUGUCAGUGUUGCAGGCGCAUCUCCUCACGCUUAUCCGACAGCCUGCGUCUCUCCCACAUCAACUGUCUACAGCGCUCACGCCUCUGGAAGGAAGGAUAUCGACAGUUCAGCAUACCGCUAUCGCACUUGCCAGUCUAGUUUCGCGCGUGCCUUCACUAGCAGCACUGCCAACAGCAUCGACGGCGUGUGCAGUUCUCAUACUUUCACUCGAAGGCGAGUUGUCUGCUUCUCUACCCCAGGCUGGUGCGUUGGCACAAGCCUUCGGUGCACGUGUUGGCGCAAGCAAAGCAAUUGUCAUGCAGCGAUAUAAGGCCAUUUACGAUCUCGUAGAGGAAUACGUUCGUGACGUGCCCUGGCUCGACGCACACGAGAAGAGCGGUCGAGGCAGGUCAAAGGUCGCAAAGCGCGUUGUCGUUGCACGCGGACUCAAAGACGUCGUACAGUUCCAAGGAGAUAUCUGGCACAGGAAGCUUGAGGCGCAGGCAAAACCCGGAUUCGAUAUCGAGGUCGAUAGCAGCGCAGAUGGAGACGAUGAGGAUAGUCUAAGCGCUUCCGAACAGCCCGAGGGCGCGUUGGAAAUAUCGAAACCCAGCGGCACACCGGACGACAACGCCAUCUGCGGUUCUUCGCGGCGUAAGAAGACCAGGAGGACUCCACACGAGCGGGCCGUGGAGCAGGCCUCGCAGUUCUUAUUAAACCCACUUGCGAAAACUGCCUCAGCCUUGACAGCGAAGAGUAGCGGCAGGCGGUCAGAGACAGGGGAGUUACUCGAGCAUUUUCUCACUGCAGACGACUCUGCCCUGACUCACGCGUUCGUGCACCCGCCUACUCGACUGCAGCUGCUCGCGGCAUCGCGUGGAGAAGAGGCUGUCCUCGACGAGGAACUGUUCGAUGAAGGCGAGCUGGAAGGGCUCCUCAGAUCUCAAGAGGAAGUUGAGGUCUUGCGCCAGACAUUCGAAUGGGACCCUGCGGAUGGCGGGGACGCCGAGACCACUGAUACCCCGAGGAAGCCCAAGAAACGGAAGCGCGAAGACACUGGUUACCAGAGCGACAACGCUCAAGACAGCGGAGGCAAGCGUACGAAGAGAGUGGACAUGGACGCCCUAGCCCGACUGCUGGACCCAGAGACUAACUUGAACGAUAUUGAUGACGACGAAGACUUUGAUGCGCUUGGGCUGGGCAUUGGGCUCGGCGAGAAGAGCGAUGACGUGGAAGAGCUCUCCUCAUAUACAAUUGAGGGGGGAGAGGACGAGGAGGUGGGAGAGUGGAGACCUCUUUCGCCUGGAGGCGCGACGUUCGACGAGGAUAGGUACGAGGUCUGAGGAAGUCGAAUCGUCUGCCGGCUUCAGCUCAUCACAUCUCGGCGCAUACUAUCUUGAGACGUAUAGCAUCGGACUCUGUAGUUCUACUUUUGCAUAAUCAUUUUACAUACUCUGUAAUACACUUGCGGUUGGGUUAUCUC